UCACGUUAUUUGAUUUAGAUAGCGAUCAUUUGAAUGGCUACAUGCUCGUUGGUCUGCUUCCAUUGGCCUUUGGAGAGGUAGACGCAUGGAGCUUUGGGAAGCUUUAUUCACCCUACAAAUCCAGUAGGAAAUGCAUAUAGAAAGGCUUUUGUACGCCGUUUUUAUUGUUGUGCUUCAGAAUUGUAGACAGAGGUUGAAUUGUGUUAUUUAUUCGAGACAGUGUGUUUAUGGAACCCGCAGAAAACACAACAAUUGGGGAAUAGAAAAUGACAAAACAAUACGCUGAAGAGCAUCUCGUGACAUUUCUCCAAAGCAAUAAAAAUAAUGAAUUUGACUGACAGCCCCAACAAGGGUUUGUUUUAUUUAUCACGUGGUAAGCGUUUCAUCCAAUGGCGAUGCGCCAUUCCAUGUCUUGGUCCGUUGCGUCAAUCCAGCUGUGGAUGUAACCUGGUGUCCUACUCUGGACUUGGGUCUUUGAAACAGAAUUCUCCGUCCGAAUGGUGAACGUGACAUGACCACCUCCUUGGUCCUGAAUCCUCGCUGGGCGGACACGGUUAUGUUUGUGUAUGACAACAACUUGGAUGAGUUAAACAAGAACAUGGAGAGUCUGGUUGGUAGCGGCAAUUUCGCGGCCAACCAAUGCAGGAAUCUGAUGGCCCACUCCGCUCUGGGGGGUCACCCCUCUAGCUUGGUGCACAGCUCCGGCUACUCCGCGUUGGAUGUAUCGGGCUCAAGCUCCGGGGAACCAGGCAAACAGUGCACACCAUGCCCCGCGGUCCCUCAAGGCUCCUCCACAGGUCCCUUACCCUAUGGGUACUUUGGCAACGGCUAUUAUCCCUGCAGAAUGGGGCGGGGUUCGCUCAAAUCCUGCACCCAGCCCAGCGCGCUCAGCUACUCUGCGGAAAAAUACAUGGACACCCCGGUCACGUCUGAAGAAUACCCGAGCCGGGCUAAAGAAUUCGCGUUUUACCACGGGUACCCAAGCCCCUACCAGUCCAUGGCGAGCUACCUGGACGUGUCGGUGGUGCAGACUCUCGGGGCAGGAGAGCCCCGUCACGACACGCUGCUUCCAAUGGACAGCUAUCAGCCGUGGGCACUGACGAAUGGCUGGGGCGGCCAGAUGUACUGCUCAAAGGACCAGAGUCAAGCCGGACACCUUUGGAAAUCUGCGUUGGCAGAUGUAGUGGCCCACCAACACGAUGGCAACUCCUUUCGUCGCGGUAGAAAGAAAAGAAUACCGUACACCAAGAUGCAGCUAAAGGAACUGGAAAAAGAGUAUGCCGCCAACAAAUUCAUCACGAAAGAUAAGAGGAGAAAGAUUUCAACCGGAACCAAUUUGUCGGAAAGGCAGAUUACGAUCUGGUUUCAAAACAGGAGAGUUAAAGAGAAGAAGUUCGUGGCCAAAGUCAAGACCAGUGCUCCGUAGCCAGCCAGGCUUGAGCUAGACGAUUUGGACGAGGGACAUUGUUUUUGGUGUAUGAACAAAAAAAUGAAGGAAAGAAAACGUUGACGUGGUACUUUUUUUGGAUUGGGAUUUGGUUUGCUAUUUUGCCUGCGCAAUUGCAUCUCCAAUUCGUCUUUUGAAAAGAAUAAAUAAAACAAGAACCAAGCCCUCUAAAGACAAUGUUUUAGAGGCCUGUAAAUACAGCACUUGCCUGCUUUAAUGUAACACUUAAAUCUGCUUAACUGUUUAACUCGUGCUAUACAUGCAGGUAUAUAUAGGCUAUAUGUCAAUGUUGUUACUGCAGUAGACUAGGAAACGUAUUAUGCAAUCAUAUUCCC